AGCUACUCUACUGGUAUUUAACUAUUGUUUUUGUUUUUAUCCGAGUUAACAGGAUACACCUCUACAGAAUAUUUCAUAAUUUGUUUGUGUUUAUGAAUUGCUAAGCGUUUUUGGUGUAUGAUUACUGAUCCUUAAGAUGGCCAGUCAGCAUCGAAAAAAAGAAAUUAUAACGGAGGCAGACUGGAAAAGUAAAGACUACACGAAGCAAGGCAGGAAAACUUUAAUUGUUUACUUUUCUCAGCUGAAUCCCAUUGGAACCUUACAACAUGCAAAACAAAAGGAAGAUGUACAAACCGUAGCAUCUACGCUCUACCAAGAUGAGGUUGACGUUGAUAUCGCCGCAUUAGAGCAGUUCUUCGCCGAUAUAUACGAACAGCGGCAUUUGGAAGUUAAACUUUGUCGCAACCAUUUAGCAAGCGAAAUAGAGGAAUAUCUGGUAACGCUUGCUGAAGAUGGUUGGAAGUACGAAGCCUUCUAUUUCGUAUUUCUAACAUAUCUACAGAUUGGAGCACACGGUGACGUUCAAAUACAGGUCUAUGACAAGGCUGUACCCCUAGACUUCGUAUUCAACCGCAUAAAGGACCUUCCAUCAAUGGCACUUAAACCGAAGAUUUUCCUUAUACAAGCGGAUAACCUACGAAUGCUUUAUCCGACACAAAUAGUGAAGGCGAUUCCAACCGAAAUAGAAAUAAAAAAGAUACCUACUGAUGCUGAUCGACUGGUAAUACUGUCAACAAUUCCACAGGCACUGUCGCCAUUAGCAGAUGCGGUACGAGAAACAUCUCUGGUAAAUGAACCGUAUGCUCCCCAAGGUGUUCAGCCGGCUGCUCCCAGAUUGCGAACAUCUGUUUUAAUCCGGGCGUUUAUUAAAGUAAUGAACGACCAUGUGUACAGAGAUGAAAACUUACUUACAAAUUCUACACGAAUACUUGGGGAAGUUUGCCAUUUGAUUGACCCUUUGCAGAGAACUCCCGACUAUGAAAGUUAUGAUAUCCCAUUGCCGUUGGUCACAAGUACCCUUACAAAGCGGUAUUUUCUUUGAUUCAUACGUUGACCUUUGAGCCGACCGAAGAUGUAUACAAAAGAUAGAAUAACUCUAAGGCAUGGCAUUUCUUUAAAAAAAUGCAUAUGAAGUUGACGCUAGCUGAAAAACGAAUGUUGACAAUGAAAUACACAUAAAUUAUGUUAUUAUAUAAGACGAUGUUCUUUGUGUCUUGCUAGAAUAUGGUAAAAUUAGAUUGAACAUCCAAUUGAAGAAAAGUAUUAGUCCAUUCCUCUACGCCGUGCAUAAAUAAGGGAAUUAUAUAUCGGGUAUCGAAUGUACAACUUUUAUGUAUGAGUUAUAUAUAGAUGUUAGAUUGUGAAUACAUGUUCAUGGAUAUGAUAUUUAUGGAAUAGGUAAGAUGUACAAUAACGAGUAUUUAAAUUUAUAAAUACUAGAUUGUGUUUUACAAUAUAUUUCUGUAAAAAAGUAUUUGUUAUGUGCCACAAUUUUUGGAUAGUUAAGCACACUUAUUAUAUCUCUCCAAUAUAUUGAGAGACAUAUUGUUUUUGCUUGAGUUGCCUGUAUGUCCGUUCGUCCGUCCGUCUGUCCGUCAAAAAUCGUGUCCGUUCCAUAAUUCUUGAACCGUUUGAAGGAUUUUGAAAUAACUCGAAACAAAUGCUCACCGUAUUGAAACGAUGUGAUGAACCCACGUAACAGCCAGCUCGAUCAACGGUCAUAUGUCACACUAUGGGGUCAAAUGUCAAAUGACUUUAAUAUGUCUAUUUUUCGUGUCCGCUCCUUGUCUUGAAAAACGACUCGCCUCAAAAUUUUACCAUUUUAAGACAAUGUGCAGAGUAUAUGUUCCAAUUAGCUGGAUUCAAGGUCAAUGACAGGUCAAAGGUCAUAUGCAGGUCAGUAAUAUACUAACAUGGUAUUGAACGUUUCCCUACCCGGGUCGCGUAAUAUUAUUAUCGUGGGUUAGUAUAUUAUACAGUACAAAGUGCAUAUUUAAAAAAAAAAAAACAUAUUCGGUAUUAGAAUUUUUAGUAAGGAAUUAUAAGAUUUUUUUUGAUUUUUUUAAAAAAUGAUUGAGUUUGAAAAUCCGGUGCCAGUGUAUUGAAUAUAGCCUAAGAAUAUGUACACUCUGUAAUCAAGAUUUAAUAGGAGAUUAACCACUUCAAUGAUUAUAGGUAGAAAUGUAUGUCUUAUAACUAUUUCAACCAUCCCAAUAUGUAUGAAGUCGAUGUUCUAAUGAAUACUAACAAUAAAACCAGACUAUUAAAUUUAGCUUUAUUUUCUAAGAUCAUCUUGUCCAAAUCAAGUAAUUUCGUUCUUCUUUAUAUCAUUGAUUUUGCAUAAGAAAUUUCUGAUAUUUUCUUUAGUGUCCAUGUAAUGUCAAUUGUUUGUGUACAUUGCUCUGGUGUUUGGUGUUUGAACCGUUUCUUUGUUGUUAAAUGUUAAAUGUGUUUAUUUGAUUAAACGCCUGUUUCUAUA